AUGUUGUGGUUAAGUGUGUUGUCUGCACUGUUGAGUGCUCUCACCCUAACAUCAGCUCAAUUCACAUAUAUUUUUGAAGUCCAGGACGAAAACCGGGGACCAAAUUCUGAACUUUUUGGUGAUUUAUCGCAAUAUAAGUUUAUUCCUCCGUCACAAUUACCGCGAAGUUCACGACCCGCACGACCGGCACCGGUCGAACCACAACCAUCUCAACCAGCGAUAGCCAGACGAGAGGAUCCGCCUGAAGAACAGCCGGUAAGACGAAUUCGUCCAUUAAGUAGUGCAGCACAGAGUCCGCGACAAUUUGUGGUAAGAGCUCCGCAACAGGACAGUAGACAAGCACUGUUGAGACAUGAGUUAAACCAAUUACAACCGGCACCGCAAGCAUUGCCCAUUAAUUAUCAGGCACAGCCUCAAACUUCAGCUCCGGUAGCACAACCAGCGCCACAAAGUUUCCAACAAUUACAACCACACCAAACGGCACACUUGAAUCCAGUGCUCAGAACUAUAGUCCCGAGAGCACAACAACCGGUGCCAUCACUGGAAUCUACACCACAGGACCAAAGCUUUGAAUUAUUACAAAAUUUUGUUAGGGCUCAGUCACAACCUGAUUCUUCCCGUUCAACUCCAGCUCGUCAGACAUUAGCACAAAAUCCUCGUUAUAAUCCUCAACAUCAACCACAACCACAACCACAGCCCCGACCCCAGCAACAGGUGAACUCAUCACCGAGUGUUUUGUUAGGUUCAGCGCCGUCCGGAUUGCCUACUCUUCAGAUUUCUAAUAAAGAUAGUCUUACUGAAGAUGACUUACGAUUGAUUGAGGAACACAAUAGGCGAGUUCAGGCAUACCUUCAUCAGAGACAACAAGAAGCAAAUGCAGCAGCGAGAGCACCACAAGCAGGUCCAGCAGCAAGAGCUAGACAAGCACAAGCACCACCAGCACCAGCUCCUGCACCUGUUAGAGCACCGGCCGUAAGUCAAGAAGAGCUUAAUCAAAGACUAGCCAUUCAAAGAGCUCAACUCGAAGCACAUAAUGCAGCGCAAGAAAGAUCUUUACGAGAAAGAGAAUAUAGAGAGAGAAUUGAAAGGGAAAAACUAAUGCAAAUGCAAAUCUCACAAAUGUUAAGACCAGAGACCAGAGCACAGGUAGCACCACAACUACAAUCGUUGCCAUAUCUUAGACCACAAUCGGAGGCCAAUAUUCAGGCAGGCGUUGAGUACGCGCCACAACCUAAUGAAUUGCGUCAACCGGAAGAAAGACAACCAGAGGUACGUCCGGUUCCGGUUAGUUAUAACAACGUUAGAGUUCCUGAUAAUGCAAGAAGAAGAGCACCACCGACUACACCGGCCCCCAGAAAUUAUGCGGCGGCCGUUCCCCGUACAACACCAGCACCGCAACAAUCAAACAAUAAUCAUAAGCCGGCAAAUCUAGGAUUGGCUGCUUUACCCGCGGACACUGACGCCGAUGGAAUUCCUGGUGAAGCCGGAAGAGAUUAYCCGACAUUAGAUACCAUUCCUCAAACAUCCUUUUCGUGCGCCCGACAGCCACUAAGCGGUUAUUACGCGGAUACGGAGGCCGCCUGUCAGGUCGUCCAUUUGUGCCAAUUCGGUGGCGUUCAGGACUCGUUUCUGUGUCCAAACGGAACCAUUUGGAAUCAGGAAAAGUUUUCCUGUCAGUGGUGGUAUGAGGUCAGUUGUGCGAAUGCCCCGCGAUUUUAUGCCCUCAACCAAGACUUGUAUAAAUUGCCCGAAAAGGACGACAAACUCGAUAAUAAUAACACAAACAAU